AUGAAGAAAAUAAAGAAAGGGCUAUGGUCUCCUGAAGAAGAUGAAAAGCUCUACACCUACAUUACUAAAUUUGGUGUUGGCUCCUGGAGUUCUGUUCCUCAACUUGCUGGGCUACAGAGGUGUGGAAAGAGUUGUAGACUGCGGUGGGUUAACUACUUGAGACCUGAUCUCAAAAGAGGUGUCUUCUCCCAACAGGAACAAGAUAUCAUACUUACUCUUCAUCAAAUUCUUGGCAAUAGGUGGGCUAAGAUUGCAGCAAAUUUGCCCGGAAGAACAGAUAACGAGAUCAAGAAUUUCUGGAACUCAUAUAUGAAGAAGAUGUUGACCAAACAAGGGGUUGAUCCAAAGACCCACCAACGACUUAAUGUCCCUAACGAAGUUAAUGACAAUAACACUAGUUUUGCAUACGGACAACCAGAUAUUUGUCCACAUUCGUUACCAUCAUCAAUGGCCAUGCCGGCUGAAUUUUUGCAAGAUUUUAAUCAAAACGAGAAUGGUUGUUUGACAUCAUCAGAAAAUAUCAUGACAGAUAACUUGUUAUUAGAAAAACAUGAGAUGGGUAUCAAUCCUAUUCUCUUUGAUUGCAAUAAUUUAGCUCAAUACCAAAACAUGAACUGUGAAACGUCUUCAAGUAUCACCUUUUCUGAUAAUUUGACACCGAGAAUGAUCAUGGAUACAUUUGUAAAAGACGAGUCAAGAGAGAGUUCAAGUUCUACUAGCAAUUCACACAUGAACCACAAUCAUUAUACAGAAUUUCAAACAAAUAACGACAGUAACAGGUAUGACGUGUGGAAUGGAAGUGAUCAAUGGCAAGAAUUGCCGGAGGAACAUGUUUUUUUAAUGCAGAAGACUUCAAUGUCUGCCAAAUGGAGUUGCUAA